CUUUGUGCCCACCUUUAAAAAGUAUAUAAAUACCACUUCCGUGACACUUCUGUUAGACAAAACAACAGGUGAGCACAAAACAAUCACGGCAUGUACUGGAGGGUGGUGAAAACCUAAGGAUGAGCGAAACAGGCAAGAGUGUCACAGGUGAAGAGCGUGCCAAAUGGGACAACAAGAUUCAGUACCUGCUCACGUGCAUUGGAUUUGCUGUGGGUCUGGGCAAUGUUUGGCGGUUCCCUUACUUGUGCCAGACUUAUGGAGGAGGUGCCUUCCUGAUCCCCUACCUGAUUGCACUUGUGUUUGAGGGUCUCCCCUUGCUAUACCUUGAGCUCGCCAUUGGGCAAAAGUUACGGAAAGGGAGCAUUGGUGUAUGGAACACAAUCUCACCCUAUCUGGGUGGAGUAGGUGUUGCAUCUAUGAUUGUCUCCUUUCUGGUGUCCCUAUUCUACAACACCCUCCUGGCCUGGGUCCUGUGGUAUUUCUUCCACUCCUUUGAGGAACCGUUGCCUUGGAAAGAGUGUCCUUUUGAGUCUGUCACAGAAUAUAGGAAAGAGUGUGAGGACAGCACGCCAGUGAACUACUUCUGGUACCGCAAGACACUGAACAUAACAGCCAACAUUGAGACCAAUGGCCCUCUCCAGUGGCAGAUAAUACUAUGCCUGGCAACGGCUUGGGCCAUAGUUUACAUUUGCUUCAUUCGUGGAAUUGAGACCAUCGGAAAGGCAGUGUACAUCACAGCAACAUUCCCCUACCUGGUGCUCACCAUCUUCCUCAUUCGUGCCCUGACUCUUCCUGGGGCUACCAGUGGCCUCAUGUACCUGUUUACCCCAGAAUGGGAGACACUAAAGAACCCCAAAGUGUGGCUCGACGCGGCCACUCAAAUUUUCUUCUCCUUAUCGUUAGCUUUUGGGGGACUCAUCGCUUUCUCCAGUUACAAUCCUCCUAAGAACAACUGUGAGAUGGAUGCUUUGCUUGUAGGGUGUAUUAAUAGUGCAACAUCCCUCUAUGCUUCAAUCCCAAUUUUUUCCAUUCUGGGGUUUAAGGCUCAUUCGGACUCCAAUAAUUGCCAGUACAGAAAUAUUUUGGCUUUAACAAAUGAAUUUGACAUUGGCGAUCAGAAUAUAACCCUUGAGAACUAUGAUAACUGGCUGAAAGAUCUCAAUGGAACAUAUGCUGACAGAGUUGCUCGCCUGGACCUGAAAGACUGUAAUAUUGAAAGCUUCCUUGAGCAGAGUGCCUCUGGAACCGGCUUGGCGUUCAUUGUGUUCACCGAGGCAGUGAUUGAGAUGCCUGGCUCACAGGUGUGGGCUGUGCUCUUCUUCAUCAUGCUCUUCAGCCUCGGGCUGUCCUCUAUGUUUGGGAACCUGGAGGGUGUCCUGACACCCCUGCUGGACCUCAAUAUGGUGCCCAAGUGGAUGCCUAAGGAGCUCUUUACAGGGCUGCUGUGCGUGGUGUCUUUCACAGUCGCCCUUAUCUUCACAAUGGGCUCUGGAAACUACUGGCUGGAGAUCUUCAACAGUUAUGUGGGCUCUGUGCCCUUGCUUGUCAUAGCUUUCUUUGAGAUCAUUGCAGUGGCUUAUAUUUACGGGAUCAGAAGGUUCAGCUGUGAUAUUGAGGAAAUGACUGGAUCGAAGCCCAACAUCUUCUGGCAGGCGUGUUGGACAGUGGUCAGCCCCUUGAUGCUACUGGUGGUGUUUGUGGCAUAUGUAGUAAUUCAGGCAAUGGAACACCCCACUUACCCAGCAUGGAACCCAGAAUAUGUGGAUUUCCCAAUGACGGAGGACCAGCCCUACCCAGACUGGGUUUUUGCUAUAUGUGUGUUGCUGUCCACUCUGCCCUGCAUUCCCAUUCCCAUCGUCGCCUUGUACAAGUUCAUCCAAUUUACGGUGCAGAAAAGCAGGAGGGAGCAUCCAGGACAGAACCCUUACGAGAAUGAUGGCUAUUUAUCAGACUUGUAAACAACGCUCUUUACCAGUUUUAGAAAUCAAGCCUAUAUGUUCCCCUCUAUUUAUGAAUGUGCUACUUCAGCUAAUAACUCACUUUGGAAAGUGGAAAUCUUGAAGAGUAGGUCUGAAGAUGUUUAUAGGCACACCUCCGUAGUCAAUGAGGAAGUAACCGCAUGCUGGAAUUAACACAAAAGUCAGGGAAGAGUGCUGAUAAAAGCAUUUUUAGAAAAGUGUGAUUAAUGAAAUUAUUUUGUCAAUCUAGCUUGUGUAUCAGCAUACUAUAAAUGUUAUAAUUGUCAAAGUGAGUGUAUGCAUGCUGUAACAGGUGGAGAUUGAAAAUACAUGGAUCAGUAGUAACUGUCAGGCAAAGGUGAAAAAUAGCUACCAGAGUGCUUCUUAUGUGAGCUCUUAUGUGAGCCGGAAACACAGAAUUCAAAAUCAUAAACCUGCACUUUUCCCCAAGGACAGUGCAUUUCCAUGAAACAGCAGCAAUAGAACCCCAUAAUGGAGGUACAAACAGCACAGGCCUUAUUUUAUGGACCCUCUGGCUGCUUGGCAACUGCAGUGGUUCUUUUAUAUUGGAAAGAAAAAAGGUGACAAAUUCAGCUAACGCAAGAAGCUAAAGAAUUGAAUGUAUUUAAACUGAUCCAGUGUUAAUCAUUGAAUAUUUGCCAGAUAACAUUACAAUUGUGUCUUGAUUGUUCUCUUGUCUACAGCCUUAAAUUGUUUAAUUAAAUAUGUACAAUAAACAUUAAAGAUGCAAACAAAACACGUACAGUAACCCCAAAUACAACAUACACAAUGUUAAAACUUA